AAGUCGACAGGACUUGACUGACAGUGGCCACCAAGACCGACGACGAUGGCCUCUCAAAAACUCUCGCCGCAGGGAAAACGCCUGCGCACCAUCAUCAUCACGAUCCCCAUCAUAGUCGCAUCCUCUCUGGUGCUCUACGAGCGCCUGGUGCAGGGGAAACCCCAGCGCACCAUCUCCCGCACGCACGAGAAGGGCGAGGGCCGGAUCCUCGACCUGCGCAAGGUCGACGGCGAGCCGCACUCUCACUCUCACUCUCACUCGCACUCUCAGAAGGAAGACGGCGGAGGAGAGGGGUUUGAAAAAGACCGAUAGCGUGCGGGCAUGAGUGUGACUUUUGACGCCAUCGUGAUCGCCCAGAAUUAAACAUAACGAUGUGACGGCG